AUGGCAGCAAACACUCGCUACCAACCCGCUCCUCAGCGCGACUCGUUUGAGGAAGCUCAGUACGCUCAAGCCCCGCCUUCAUACGAUGCUACUGCGGAAGCGCCGCGGUCUGAGGAUGAUAAUGUUCCUGAUGACUUCAAGUUUGGCGGAACCGUUGCAGAGGGCACGCUGCCUAUCCGGAUGCAGUUUAUUCGGAAGGUGUAUUCCAUCUUGACCGUACAAAUCCUCCUCACUACCGUCCUCAGCAGUAUCUCAUUCUUCAGCGACUCAUACCGCAUCUGGAUCAAAUCCAACCUCUGGCUCAUGAUCGUGUCGCUCGUCGGCGCAAUCGGAUUUAUGUUCCUGACGUACUGGAAACGCAAAUCCUACCCGACCAACCUCCUGUUCCUGUCCGGCUUCACUGCCCUCGAAGCCUACUCCAUCAGCGUUGUGACCUCCUUCUACGACGCGCGCAUCGUCGUGCAAGCCCUCGUCAUCACCCUGGGAAUUUUCGUCGCUUUGACCUUGUUCGCGUGCCAGACCAAAUAUGAUUUCACGCACUGGAUGCCGUACCUGUUCGGUGGGCUGUGGCUGCUUAUUAUUUUUGGGUUCAUGGCUGCUUUCUUCCCUUACAAUAGCGGCGUGGAGCUCGUUUAUGGUGGUGUUUCUGCGCUUAUAUUCUCGGGUUAUGUGCUUGUCGAUACACAGCUCAUCAUGCGCCAUUAUCAUGUUGAGGAGGAGAUCGCAGCGGCAAUUUCGCUGUAUCUGGACAUUAUUAAUUUGUUCUUGAGCAUUUUGCGCAUUUUAAAUUCGCAGAACAAUAACUAG